CAAUAGAAUUUUGCAUUGUAGUCACUCAGCAUAAAUUGGCUACAGUUGAUUACACAAAUUACAGGCAGUGAGCUUUUAGUACAAUGGAAUAUUUUAAUCUGAAGUAACGUGUUAGACUUGGCAUGUCCCAAAAUGGAGACCAUAAGAAAUCUAAAGCCCUCAGCAAGGCCUUCCAGAGCUCUCCUGGAUUGUAGGAGUGACCGCAUAGUGCUGGGUAGCACUAGUGAUUCAAGUUCAGGCAACAAACCACUGAGACAAAACAUUUGGAAUAGGAAGGAAGUUCCCCGACAGGUUGCAAUCGUUCAUCCCAUACGCAGGCCAGAGAGCCGUGCAAACCCACCUAUCAGAGAAACGGAUCAGCGGGCUCUGGGUGAUCAAGGCCAGAUAAGAACUGUUGAGCUUGGUGAUGGCACCACCACAGGACACGUGCUGUGGUCCACCCUGGCCGACCAGCAAAGCCUGAGCGGCUCCGACUCUGACUCCGAUUCCGGUUCGGAGUUAGAACUGCUGUGGGAGUUAUUUGAGGUGGUGGCAGAAAGAUACUUUUCCAACAAUACCGGCUCCUCCAGCUCUGACUCCGACUCUGACUCCACUUCAUCAAGCUCAAGCUCAGAUUCUACUCGAACUUCAAGUUCUAGUUCCAGUUCCAGCUCUAACUCUGACUCUGACUUUUGAGUUUUUCAGAACAUGGAGCAAUUAAAGCAAUUAACAAAUAGUAAAAAAUACAACAAGAGAUAAUAUCGUCAAUAAAGUAUUUUGCCUAAUAGGCCUGGUUU